GAAAGCGAGUAAUUAAUUGAUUUCGUCCAAGCUGUAACGGCUACUCGGGCCACUCCCGUUCUGGGGCUCUACGGAGCGAGCAAGCGAGCGGCUCCCAAAUUGCCCUUAUUAGACUCCCGCACCCCCAUAAGACCCUCGAUCGAUCUCUCCCUAGAACUGACACCAAUUAGGGCUCUUCGCUUCUCCGAUUUCUGGGUCUCUUCUGUUGCGUUGGAGGGGCGGAGCCAUGAACAUUUUCCGGAAGAAAACCUCCGCCAAAGAUGCUCUUAGGACGAGCAAAAGAGAAAUGUCGGUCGCCACAAGAGGCAUCGAACGGGAGAUUGCAUCCCUGCAAAUGGAGGAGAAAAAGCUGGUUGCAGAGAUAAAGAAGACUGCAAAAACUGGAAAUGAGCCUGCAACUCGAAUCUUAGCUCGUCAACUUAUUCGUCUGAGGCAGCAAAUCACUAAUUUGCAGGGAACACGUGCACAAAUUAGAGGUGUAGCAACUCACACGCAGGCAAUGUAUGCAAGUACUUCAAUUUCUGCUGGGAUGAAGGGUGCAAGCAAAGCAAUGGCAGCCAUGAACAAGCAAAUGGAACCAGCAAAGCAGGCAAAAGUAAUGAAAGAAUUCCAGAAGCAAUCAGCCCAAAUGGACAUGACGAUUGAGAUGAUGUCAGAGGCUAUAGAUGAAACUUUGGAUAAAGAUGAGGCAGAGGAGGAAACAGAAGAACUCACUAAUCAGGUGCUUGAUGAAAUUGGUGUUGAUGUUGCCUCACAGUUAUCUUCAGCUCCUAAAGGCCGGAUUGCGGUGAACAAUAAGAAAGUAGACAAUGCCACAAGAACUGACACAACUCCAGCAAACCCUGAAGUUGAUGAUUUGGAGAAGAGGUUGGCAUCCCUGCGGCGCAUCUGAUCAGGCUAAAAGUGAACAUAUGCUCUUUUGUGUGUAAAUAAAAUCAAUUACUAAGAAAGGCAUCCCACAUUGUCGAUAGAAUCUCCAGCAUUAUCUGUUCUUUUUAGUUAAUCCUAUAUUUGUACCAAACACAUGAACCCUCUUAUCCUUCCUAGUCUCUUCCAAUCGUUAUUGAUGACUAAAGGCUUCCUAUUAUUGUUCAUGAAAGUUCCAGCAAUAUCUAUUUUUCUAGUUAUUCGUAGAGUAUGUGAACCAAGGACAUGAAUCCUCUUAUAUGAAUCCUCUUAUCCUCCUA